AUGUCAUGGAAGAUACGGUGGGAGGACCUGAACGGUGACGAAGUGAGAAAAGAUAAAAAGAAGAGUAAACGGCCCCGACGCUUGCAUGGCUUCAGUUUCGAAUCCGAAGCGCUACUUCGAUCAAACAGCCGCCGGUCAUCAAAUACCAGUGAAAAGGUUCGGGUUUGAUGAGAAUGUAUAG